AUGCUAUAUAGUGUACAAAGACAAGGCCGUUUCUCCUUUUAUAUACAGAAUCAAGGAGAAGAAGCAACACAAAUAGGAAUUGGUAAAGCCCUACAACCAGAAGAUCAUCUCUUCUGUCAAUACAGAUAUGAAUAUGUACAGGGAAUUGGGUGUAUUAUUAAUGAAAGGGUUUACUGUCCAGGAUAUAUUAGGACAAUUAUUAAGUACCCCACAGUAUGGGUGCUGGUUAUGCCUUCCGUCUUGGCAAUGAGAAGAGAAUUGCUGUCGGUUUCUUCGGAGAGGCUAUUGGAGUACAAAAUAGAGUGA